UGGAUCAUUCGGAAAGCCCGGCCGUCCUCUGCGCACCGCCCGCUCCUGCGCUCUGUUGUGGAGACGGAUAGGAAACCCCCGCUGCAGCCGGCCUUCUCCUCCCCAGAAAAAGAAAAGAAAAGAAAAGAAAAGGAUUAAUGAGCCCAAAAGGCAUCCAGCUUCUCCUUUAAGGCUCAUUUCGGCGUUUUUUCGGCGUUACGCCUGGAGUGCCUUACACCUUCCCGGCAGUAUUCACUUCAGUCGAGGAUACCUGGACCUCCACUGAUGGAACAGGGUCACUCCAACGUUCACCUGCAGCCGCCCAACACCACCUAAAAUUUUCUGGAAGAGCGUGUCCAUUGCCUGCUCCCAACAAACAUGGACUGUUUUCCCAUGCUUUAUUUUCUGUCGAGACAUCAUGAUUCCUGGUAAUCGAAUGCUGAUGGUCAUUUUAAUAUGCCAAGUCCUGCUGGGAGAGAGCAACCAUGCCAGUCUGAUACCUGAAGAAGGGAAGAAGAAAGUACCUGGCCUGCCGGGUCGUUCGGCCGCUCAGAGCCAUGAACUGUUGCGGGACUUUGAGGCCACGCUGCUGCACAUGUUCGGCCUCAAAAGGCGGCCCCGGCCCAGCCGCUCGGCCACCGUGCCCCGCUACCUGCUGGACCUCUAUCGGCUGCAGUCUGGCGAGGCCGAGGAGGUCGGAGCGCACGACAUCGCCUUCGAGUACCCGGAGAGGUCGGCGAGCCGAGCCAACACUGUGAGGGGCUUCCACCAUGAAGAGCACAUGGAAAGGGUGCACGAGCUGGACGACAGAGAACCGGUGCCCCUCCGCUUCAUGUUCAACCUGAGCAGCAUCCCCGAAGACGAGCUGCUGUCCUCGGCGGAGCUGAGGCUCUACCGCCGCCAGAUCGACGAGGCCGUCGCCGACGCCCUCUCGGACGACCAGACGCUUCACCGGAUAAACGUGUACGAGGUGCUGAAGCCGCCGCGGCCCGGGCGCCUGAUCACGCAGCUCCUGGACACGCGGCUGGUGCGCCACAACGCGUCGCGCUGGGAGAGCUUCGACGUCAGCCCCGCCGUGCUGCGCUGGACUCGGGAGCGCCUCCCCAACUACGGACUGGCCGUGGAGGUCCUGCACCUCAACCAGACGCCGCGCCACCAGGGCCGGCACGUGCGCAUCAGCCGCUCGCUGCACCCGACGCCCGCCGAGGACUGGGAGCAGAUGCGCCCCCUCCUGGUCACCUUCGGCCACGACGGGAAGGGUCACCCGCUGACCCGCCGGACCAAGCGCAGCCCCAAGCAGCGGGGGCGCAAGCGCAACCGCAACUGCCGGCGCCACGCUCUGUACGUGGACUUCAGCGACGUGGGCUGGAACGACUGGAUAGUGGCGCCCCCCGGCUACCAGGCCUAUUACUGCCACGGGGAAUGCCCGUUUCCCCUCGCAGACCACCUGAACUCGACCAACCACGCCAUUGUUCAGACACUGGUCAAUUCUGUGAACAACAACAUUCCCAAGGCCUGCUGCGUGCCAACUGAGCUCAGCGCCAUCUCCAUGCUCUACCUGGACGAGCACGACAAGGUGGUCCUGAAAAACUACCAGGAGAUGGUAGUCGAGGGCUGCGGCUGCCGCUAGCGCGCAAGAAAGACGGACUUGGACUGGCAACUUGAAAAAAAUGAACGCUCAAACAAAGCAGAAGGUCUUUACUUCCAAAAAUGUUCACAUGGACCCUUAUUUAUAACUUUUAUGAGGUGUAUGUUUGUCUCACUUUUAUUGUUUCUUUGACAGUAUGAUCAUUUAUUUUGACAAAUAUAUAUAUUUAUAUCUA